AUGGAGAGUGCGUGCUUAGGUUGUCCCCCGUCUCGUGCUCCCGGUGUCCGGAGUGUAGGGACUCUGUGUCUGUAGACUGCGGAGAACCUCAGGCUGUGGACUUGGCGGGAAGAGUCACCCGCUCGAGAUCGGGAGGACUGGAGUGGAGAGCAGAGCUUAACACUUCCUCUUCGUGCUCCCCUUACGGAGAGUAACUGGGCAAUCCCAUUCAGCGAGAUGGUGGACAAGUUCUCUGGCCAGAUCCUGACGAGUUCCUCUAGUAAGAGUUUUCUGCUGCAGAGGUCAAGUUGGGACUAUGUAUUAAUGAUGAAACGAAGAUUUACCAUUGGCAUUGCGAUGGGGAUUAGGUGGGUGCGGGUUUCAGGAAGGGCAAAGAUGAGCGCAGCACCGCAGUCUGGUGAAUGUUCUCAUCAUAUCACCAAAUUGUUGGAUGGGAUUCGCACUUGUGAACUUGCUCUCUUGUGUGAACAGGUAAGCCAGGUAGUCAGAGACUGGCUGGUUUGCCUUACAAAGCAGAGAAGUAGAAUUCUGCCUCUAAAAGUCAGACCAAGAAUCAACACAAAUUUACAAUUACAUUCUCAAAAGAAAAUUGGAGCUGGAAAUGAAGUGUUUCAAGAGGAGAACCAUGGUGAGCUCCAGUUUUAUUUUAUGCUUGCAUAUUCAAUAGUAAGUAUUGCAGAUUCUUGAGUAUAUUGGCCAAAACA